GCGGCCCUCCCGCCGCGCCUCUGGGGCGGGGUCCCCCCAGCUGCGCGGAAGGGGCUGGACGGGGCGGGCGGUGAGAGCGUGCCCAGCGGCGGGAGCAGAGGCUUCGGCAUGGGACGGGGCGCUGCCCCGACGGGGACCUACCUUACCAGUGUGAGAGGGGAAUCUCGGAAGCAUACUGUGGAUUUUUUGUCUGUACAUGCUACUUGAUCUAUCUUUUAUUGACCCACGCAAAAGUAGAGUCAAACAAAAAUCAUUGUCACUUCUGCCUAAGAACUGGCCGAAUUUUAUGACACCUGCUGGAGAAGCUUCCUGGACCAUUAGAAAUAGAGCAGCUUGUGCUGCAUCUCUGGUCAGCAAAGCUUUAUGCAUGGAGUACAAAAAUCAAGUUGCCUUACAUUAAACCGUAUGCAAGUUGCACUAAUUGUCAUAACUGUACUGCUGAUACCACUCCAGACUUGGCAUUUCCAAGUUUCUCAUGUAGUUUGAGUGUUUCCAACUGACAUUGGAAUGUUUUUAUCAAAUCUGGUGUGGCUGUGAAAAGUUUAUGUGUGGGGUGAACUUCUUCCUGUUAAGUUCAUGGUAAAUUUUGAAGCCUCACUUCCAAGUGUGAUCUGUGCUAUGGCAGCAACCUACAGGCUUAUGGUCACUUCUGUGAACUGCUACAGCAGCGUGGUGAUAGACCAGCACUUUCGGCACACUGUGCAUUACUGCACAGGGACUUGCCAAGUGUUUAAGCAAGGGGUUACAUGCAUAGUUGCCCACCACAGUGUCUGCGCAGAGCUCAGUACCCAAGAUACCAACCAAGACCAUAAAAUUCCUGUUCCUGAAAAUGGACUUGCCUUGCCUGGAAAUGAGGACUUUCACCAAAUCCUCCCAAAUAAUCUAAGAAUCAAAAAGGGGUCUUCAGUGCAAGCCUCCGGCAGUUUGAAAGACAUUACUGGUGAGGCGAUAAACCUUGCCAGUGGUAAAAUAAAGGAAUUCUCCUUUGAAAAGCUCAAAAACUCUUCCAGCCACGUGGCCUACAGAAAGGGAAGGAAGGUUCGCUCAGAAUCCUUCAGCAGACGUUCAUUUGAUUUUGACUUGAUUUGUGGGCAUUUUGGCAACGAUGAGAACUGCCCUCCAUGUGGAUUUUUGCAGAGUCCCUCACCUGUGGAGAAAUGGCAGGAAAGCAGUGAUGCUCCAGAAGUUACCAUGAAUAAUCCUGUGGUUACCUUCUCGCCUCAUUCCUUCUCUGAAGAAAACUUCAUUACCCAGAUUUUGGAAAAACACAAGCUAGAUGGUGGUUCUGGUGGAGAUAUCAAGGUGUGCUUAGACAUCUUGCUCAAGUGCUCAGAGGAUCUGAAAAAGUGCACAGACAUAAUAAAACAUUGCAUCAAAAAGAAAUCUGCAGACAGUGUUAGUGGAGGGAACAGCAAUGACCCCCUGGCCAGUUCAGAAAUGAUAUAUAUGAACCUGAUGACAAGAUUUUCUUCAUACCUGAAAAAGCUACCUUUUGAGCUCAAGCACCCAGGACACAAGGAAGCUAGUGACUUAGCAGAUCUGGUUAACUGUUUUCAUGGCUUGCAGCAAACUCCCUUUCCCCCAGUAUUUGGAGAUGAGCAGCCACCUAGGUAUGAAGAUAUUAUUCAGCAGCCAUCCUCAAGUGCACUUUCUCUCAGACCAGGUGGUCAGUGUGAGGUGACAAGCACCUCUCAGUCCAUCCCAGCAAGUACUGUGACGUUUACCUCAAACUCACUUCAUAGCAUCCCACAGGAGAACAGUGAGAGAGCUGUGAAAGAUGGUUGUGCUCUACCUCAGUUACCAGCCACAAGCCCUUCUGACUGCACAUCCUCCGCUGAGGCUCUGUACAUUGAGGAGGAGUAUGAUGGGGAAAGAACAUUAGGGAAGACAAAGGCAGAGCAGAAAGGGGGCUGGGAGAGUUUAGAGCUCAGCUACCAGCUAGCUGGUGGUUCAGAUCUAGCUGCCAAUGCUAAAGCAGAAUGUGCCAGCAUGGGAGAUGCUGAGCUUUCACACCCCUCUGAGAAAAUCACUCAUUUAAAACCAGCUUCAGAUUCUGUAUUGUGUGGUUCCCAAGCUGAUGUGUCCAAAGGAGAACAGAUGUGCAGUAAGAUAGACAAGGAUGAGAUAGACAAACUGCUGCUGGACUUGGAGUGCUUCUCACAGAAAAUGGAGCGUACUUUGAGGGAACCUUCUAAAAAGGAGAGUGAACCUGCCCAUUUCCAGAUGUUUGGCUGGCAGGGUAGGCAGGUACUACCUUUGUCUCUUGAACCUAAAAGUAAACCAGUUGACCCUGCUUCCCCUUUGUCAAAAAUCAUGGAAACCAAUGGACAUAAAAUGGAAGAGGACGAUAAAGCCCUCUUACUGCGUAUCCUGGGAAGCAUUGAGGACUUUGCCCAGGAGCUUGUGGAAUUCCAGACAGGCAGGGGAAGCUUAUCCAAGGAGCGGGAAGUGAUGCAAAUUCUUCAGGAAACUUUAACGACUUCUUCACAGUCCCUCCUAGCAGGGCAAAAAUGCUGUGCUGGGAUUGUCUCCAGAGACUCUGUCCCAGCUUCAAUUCAGCAGGCCCCAGAAGUAAUUAAGGUUCAAAGUAAACAAGAGAAGAAAUCUGGAACUUCACCCCCAGUCUCUUUGAACUCUGCAGUUAGCUCUUGCACUGUUCUGCCUGUGAAUAAAGCCACCAGCAGUACCCCUUUGUCCAUAAACAUUCCACGUUUCUACUUCCCUAAAGGACUUCCAAAUGUCUGCACUAAUCAUGAAGAAACCAUUGCCAGGAUUGAAGAAGCCUUUACAGAGUUUGAAGACGAGAAAGCAAACAUCUGUGAAAUGGGGAAAAUUGCUAAGAUAUGUGGCUGCCCACUCUACUGGAAAGCACCUAUGUUCCAUGCAUCAGGAGGAGAAAGGACAGGAUGUGUACCUCUACACUCUUUUGUAUCUAUGUGGAGAAAAAUCCUAUGUAACUGCCAUGAUGAUGCAUCCAGAUUUACGUCCCUUUUAGCAAAGCCCAACUGUGACUACCUAGAACAGGAGGACUUCAUCCCACUGCUUCAGGAUGUGGUGGAAACGCAUCCUGGCCUGACGUUCCUGAAGGAUGCUCCGGAGUUCCAUUCGCGGUAUAUUACGACGGUUAUACAGAGAGUAUUCUACACAGUCAACCGAUCCUGGUCUGGGAAGAUCACUCUAACAGAGCUGAGGAAAAGCAACUUCUUGCAAACUCUUGCUCUCUUGGAAGAAGAGGAUGACAUAAAUCAGAUCACAGAUUAUUUCUCCUAUGAGCACUUCUAUGUUAUAUACUGUAAAUUCUGGGAGCUGGACACUGACCAUGAUCUUUACAUCAGCCAGAAGGAUCUGGCUAGGUACAGUGAUCAAGCUUUAUCGAACAGGAUUAUUGAGCGAAUAUUCAGCGGCGCUGUGGUGAGAGGCAACGAAGUUCAAAAGGAAGGCCGCAUGAGUUACGCUGAUUUUGUGUGGCUCCUGAUUUCGGAGGAAGACAAAAGGAGUGCUACAAGCAUUGAGUACUGGUUUCGGUGCAUGGACCUGGAUGGGGAUGGAGUGCUCUCCAUGUAUGAACUGGAGUACUUUUAUGAGGAGCAGUGUGAGCGGAUGGAAGUGAUGGGCAUAGAACCGCUGCCAUUUCAUGACUUGCUGUGUCAGAUGCUUGAUCUCGUUAAGCCAGAGAAGGAAGGAAGAGUAACCCUGCGAGACUUGAAGAGGUGCAGAAUGGCUCAUGUAUUCUACAACACCUUCUUCAAUUUAGAGAAAUAUCUGGACAAUGAACAGAGGGAUCCUUUUGCAGUGCAAAAGGACAUUGAAAAUGAUGGCCCUGAACCCUCUGACUGGGACAGAUAUGCUGCCGAAGAGUAUGAGAUUCUUGUGGCUGAAGAGUCUGGGAAUGAACAGUUGCAAGAAGGGCUUGCCCAUGUGUGAGCACUGGUCCUGGAAGAGGAAUCUCAUCAAGACAUAGUGGAUACUCAGUGACUUCAAGGCUGCUGUGACUCUGUUGAGAGCUGUAGUCACCAAAAAUAAGAUGAGAAAGGAGUGGUCUUGCUCAAGACAAUAAUGAAGCAUCAUGUUCCACUGGAAGCUUAAGCUCAUCUGAACACUUCUCAGCCAUGCUCUGCUUUAUACAUCUGUGCAUGAGAUUCAGGGAAGAGAGUCUGUUCCCUGGUGAAUGUACACACACAUUGUUUGAAGGCAGAACCAAUAGCUGAAGCUGACCAACACAAGCUUUUUGUGCAGAUAUAAGCAUUUGUUUUGCAGAAGUCCUUUUUUGCAGUCCAGGCUACGGCCUGCCUAGCAGAAGUGGGCACCGUUUCGUUCACUGUUCCAGAAACCAGUUUCAACCAGCUGAUAUACAUGGAAACCACAACUGAUUUCAUGUAAAGAGGUAUUUCUUCAUAGGAAGAGAAAUAAGGAGGCAGAGGCCCUCUUAUAUCAGCUGCUGGUACAAGAGAAUCCCCUUCACCUGAGCAACAAGGAGGGGGCACACAACAGGGCAAUUCUGGUCCAAGGCAGGACAAAGACACAGAAGCAGAUAAACGUAAAUAAGGUUUAGGCAGCUCAGGCCAUUUUUCUUGCCUCCCUGAUGGCUGAUGGCUCAGUUGCUUUCAUGAACCUGGCAGUAUAAGGGAAAGGGGUGAGAAGCACAUCACUGAACCACCCAGUGGCAAAAUGUGUGCUUGCUGGAAAGAUGGACAAAGAAGUUCCUGGAGUAUUUUGCCUUCUCUGAACAAACUAGAGUUGCCAUGGCUGAGUCUUGAGGAAUGGGUGUUCAGUCUGCACAAGUCCAUAUUUGUAUUUAUAGGACUGAAAUUUUUAAACUGGCCUGGAAGGAGAGAAGGUGACUUAUCUUUAGUGAUAAUCUUGUGGAAAAGCUGUCCUUUGGAUGCUUCUUGGCCAUAAAGGUGGGAUUUUUUCAAAGAUGGGAAAGGCAGGCAUUGCUGAGACUUAAGGAGAAAAGAGUGAAGUGGAAAGGCAACUAACUUGGGAAAGGACAAUAGGAAGCCCCUUUUAAAGCAGACAUGAGAAGGUUUAGUCUAGAAGCAAAAGGCACUGGAAAGAAAUAGUAGAAUGGAGCUCCAAGGGCUGGUGUAUGUGCAAGAUAAACAAUACAGGACAGAAGUCAUAUUUCACGUACAGAAGGAAGAAAGCUGACAGAAGUUGGUGAGAUUGAAGGAAAAGGGGACACAGCAGGAACAUCCCUAAGAACAGUGUUCAGAUGGAAAUAGAGGUUUCCUCAGCUGCAUCAUCUUUAACCAGGGAAACAGAGAAACCAAGGCACAGAGAGACAUGCACAGUCCCUUCCCAGGUAAGGGUGCAGGAGGCAGAGCCAUCCCAGCUCCCAGCAGGUACCACGGAAGCAAGAAGCGUGCACAUUGUGUACUGACAAUCUUUACAUGCAUGAUCAGAACAGUUACUGGUGUAGGAUCCAGACUGUUCUUUCUCCCACUUAUGCAAGAAUCCAGAAGGUGGCAGAAUUAAUAAGCAGGUGCUUUCCUUUAUAGAAGAGAUAACACUGUUGUCCAGGAAGAUCUCUGCUGUUUGUCUCUUUUUCACAUAGGGAUCACCAUACUAUAGCACAGAAUCCUCCCCACAGCAGGACAUACACACUGACAGGCACCUGAGGAUUUGCUCUGCCUGCAUCUGAGUUACUGAAGGGAAGAGCAGCACAAGAAGCAGUACAGAGCUCUUUCUUGGCAUCGUCCAAGGGGUAUUGGAGGAGUUAACCUUUGUGCAGCACAGAUUACCAUGAAGAAACUAGAGUUAUUCCUGUGCUUGCCAUUGAAACAUCUGCUGCAACAUUUCCUUCAUAAGCAGCAUUGCUUUCAGAACAAAAGGAAGAAUUUUAGUUUCUUGGGAGCCCUGAGAAACUAACCUGUAGUGUGCUGAGACUGAGCGCACUAAAAAUGGUAUUUCUCAGGAAUAGGAAUGGGAUGAGAGACCUAAAGCAAUAUCCUCUGCUGCAGAGCACAGAACCCAGCCAGCCCGAAAAGAGUAACUGGCUGGAGCUGAGGAUUCACAGCCGAACCUCCUCAGACCAUAACUGCUAAGGCCUGGAUGUUAAACUUGGAGUGAGAGAGGAAUAUAACAGAAUGGCCACAAUUGUUCAUUUGUGGAUGUCAAAACAUACCCUAAGCCAGAAGAUGUUUUGGAAACCAGGUGUUUCUGAGCAAGUCUGAGAAAGCCAACUCUCCCCUAGGGCCCUGAUGCGUGGCUGGAUGACUUUAUUUCUAUCCUGAACUACUAAUGCUACUUGUGAGCUACUGACAGUUGUUACUGAAAGUGGAUUUGAGUUUCAGAAUGCUGAACACCGGUGAAAAGUUGUUCCAGAAUUUAGGAAUGAGGAUGGAUGGGAGCACAAACUCAUGUCAGCUGUCAGAAUACUGAUUAAUACCACGCUGUUUUCAGUGUCUUGUUAACCUGGACGAGGAUAUAUAUAUUUUGCAUGCAACUGUGUUUUAGCCAGCUGGUUUAGUAGCCACUGAAAUAACUUACCUGAAAACACUUCCAGCAAAACGCAGCUUUUAAAGACAUACCUUUUAUCUUUGCAGAUCAUUUGAAGAAGACUAUGACACAGAUGAAGUUUUAUCUCCCCCUGAAACUGGAGACAAGUCAGACAAACUAGCUGUUAUCUCAGAUCUCUCAGCAUAGAGAAAUGGAAGACAUUUAAUCAGUAUCUUUCAAACUGGAUAGUGUUCUGUCCCGAGACACUUAGGGAUUUUUCUGAAGUCUGUCAUUGGAGCAAUGUGCUUUAUUUUGUACACUGUAACUUGAGAACCCCUUUUCUUUUCCCGUGUAAUUGCAUUAAGGUAAUUUCUAUAAAAAGGCUUUUUACAAUGUGUUAUCAUGCACGCUCAUUAAAAAUGGUGAUUGCACCUUUUUUCAUUUAUAUAUAAAUCCUGUUGUGUCCCCAAAUGUGCAAUAAAUGCCAGCAUCAAAUGAUUAACUGUAAUAACUGCAUGCGAGAUCUACAGUGGUUGUUUUCCACUUCAGCCCUCUGCCAUUCUGUCCCCUUGACUUUAUACCAGGAGUGACAGAAGAGCUGCCAAAUUCACUUAGUUUAAAUGUAUGUCUAGAAACCUUUUAAAACCAAGUCACAAUGAAGUUCCCUUUCUUUCUCAGUGUCCUGGAAGCCAAGGCAACAUGCCUCCACGUGGGGAGAGGGAAGUCUCCUGGUGUGCUUUAAACCACAAGCUCUUAGAGUUGAUAUUGGACAUUAUUUUACUUGUAUGAAUGUGUGGACAGUUAAAGCACUACAUGAUGUAAUGUUUGUCUAAGAAUCUGAGAUACAGAUAACAUUUCUACAUAUUCUCCUCUGUCUAAGAGGAUCUUCCUCAGGCUAGUGUUUUGUCUCUGGAGAAGUACCUUGUAGCAUAUUUACAAAACAAGACAUGCUGCUCAGCUGGUAUGCUGAAACUGCCAUGUCUUGUGUGCACCAGUUCCAUCCAUUCCCUGUGUUCUCCUGCUCUCCUGUAUUGCUAACCUGUAGCCUUCUCUAAGAGCCUAAGCUGAGAUAUAGUGAAGAAAAAAAUCUAACCCUCAUGUGCUAUAUUUCUGUCACCAGAGGGAUCCUUUAACUAGUAAAAGAAUUGGUCUGUAAUACUUUCCACCCGUCUCAGAGAGAAAACUAAUAAACUAUUGCUUUAAGUGCAAAAUUAACCUUACUUUCUUCAUAGAAUCACAACUGGUGGCUCUUGUAAUAAUAGCACAUGUUCUGCUGCUGGAGAUGUUUCUCCUUGCUGACUAGCAGCUGUCUAUGAUUCAGCACAGAGGUGAUUAUAACAUAUUCUUACCAGUUCUCAAUUUUAGCCAUCAUAUACACACAAGCAAUAUCUGGUACUUACCUUCUCCAGCUUGGGAUAGGUUUCAGCUGUCAUAUUUUAUUUUAACUGUCAUAAUUGUGCUCAAAUAUGUACUGCUUGGUUGGUGUGUAUACACUGUAUUUCCUCUUACCUCACUGUAAGACUAUCAGACCAUGCUUCCUCAGGACAUUGCCUCCAGAAUAUGCAGGAGACAACUGCCAAUGCCAUGAUGAGUUCUUCAAGCAGGCACCUCCUUACUAAAGCCAGAAGCCAUCCAGUUAAUAGAGAACUUGUGUAUACACACACAGACUAUUAGCUGGGUGUGUUUAGUAUAAACACACUAGCACAAUGGAACACUAAUCCCUAGAUGAUACCCCUGAGUGUUAAUAACCAAAUAAGUAAUUGGCUGAUCACUACAAUGCAGCUUUGACUUUUCCAGGAGCCUUUGAAGCACAAUGCCUGCCUGCCAGUGUCCAGGUGGGAUACACUGCUGCCUGGUGGAGGUUAGUGACUCUCCUCAGGAUCGAAUUCCAGAAAAGAGGAAGAUUUCAAUUGUACUGAGCUUGGAGAUCUAUUUUCUUUUUCCUGAACGAAGCUGCUGUUAAAUCCAGAAGCAUAAACACACACCCAGGAUCCUGGAUUUGAUACUUGGGAAAAUUCUGGAUGCCCAGGUUAUUAGGAAAGACACUGCAAGGUAACUUCCAUUCCAUAAUAAAAGAUGUAAGCAGGAGGGAGCACUCUAACCAAACUAGGAUAAAUCUCUACUAGGAUAAGUCUCUUUGAAUGUAGCAAGCACACGAGCAGCUCUGUUCAACACCAGGGUGCUGGAAUCGCAUCUCCAUCAUGACUAUAAGCUUGAGGGGAAAAGCUUUACUGGGGCUGAUUCUACAAAGGCCCAAACGCAGAAGAAACUAAGUCAUGGGUGCAGAAAUGAACAUGGGAUGGAAGUCAUACAACUGCUAAUUCUAACAAGCUCCAUCCAUGUUGUACCUUAAGGAACCCAGGCAAAGUAGUUCUUUGCUUUGCUUCACUGUCAAGGUCCAGAAUGGCCUUUUAGCUUUUUACACCUCUCCAAAGACAAAAUUCCUCAAAGGAACAAGAAGAACCUGACCCCAUUCUAGGCUGAAAUUGAACCUCCAUGUUACGUCAGCAUUGUUAGCUUUUAACUCCAUAAGCAGCAGUACUGGAAUGUCCAGUUUGCAAAUUAUGUACAGCCCCAAUCCAGAGUAACUUGGUGAUUGUCUCUUUAAGUUUUUAACCUGGGAUAGCCCUUGUGCCUCAAAGAAAAGAAGCUCUCCUAAUGCUGUUGUACAGAUUAAUAGAUUAAGUCAGGUUGGAAGGGACCUCCAUGUGUCUCUAGUCCACCUCCUCACUCAAAGACAGGACAGCUUCAAUGUUAGAGCAAGUUUCUCAGGACCUCAUCCAGCCAAUUUCUGAAGAUUCUCCAGAGAUGGUGAUCCUACAACCCUUCUGUGUAUUACAUUUCUUCCUCCUCCCUAUGGGAGUUCAGAGAUACAUCCUUUUCCAGGAAGGACCUGUAUUCCUGGGAAUGCACAAUUCCAUUUUCACACUAGGAGGAAGUGGGAUGAAGGACUUGAGGACUCACCUGUUGAGCAAGUGACACCCUAUUCUCAAGCAGCAGAUGUGUGCUGGGAUGCAGACACAGCCCAUGGUGGCCUGAACAGCUGGUACCCCAACAUCCUUUGGUGCAUCACUCUCUUAGUUUGGCAUUUCUGUUCCUGCUGGGUUGUGCCUCAAGCGCACUGCUGCUGUUCCUGUUCACUCUGUUCACCCACUGCUUCAGGAUACUUCGUCUUUCUCCCUGUAUGCCUUUUGCAGAUGGGCUUUACCUCAACCCAUCAAAUCAGUUCAGCUCUCCAUCUCACACCACACCAGUCUGCCUGAACUUGUGCCUUUUUUUGGAAGAAGCUGGUAAAAAUUGCCAGUUACCUUUUCAAGGUUUGACUUCAGUCAAUUCAGACAAGCCUGUAGCUGCUCUGCUGAGCUCUUUGGUCCCCAAACCCAGGACCCUCUCUUCUACAAACAGAGGCUCAUUGCUGCUAUGACAAAGUGAAGUGAUUCCAAACCCUGGUCAUGCUUUGUACUACAUCAACACAAAAAGCUAAUCAAAGUAAAAAAAAAAAACAAACAACCCAACCCAUUUUAAGCAAAUGUUUUACCUUAAAUGUGACUAUAAAGAUAAGCUAUAGCCACCACUGCUAGCGUGUUAUCAGUGAAAAACUGGCAGCAAUUUGUAUUAUUUACUCCAAGAGCAGAAAUCCAUUCUCUCUCACAAAUAACUUUGAAAAUAACCACCAUUCAGCAGCCACAGCUGAAUUAAAGGAAAUGGGUAAGUUAGCCCUGUCCACAGCUUCUCUGGGUGGAAGGUUUCCAAAUCAGCAAGGUAAAUUUGGGAGCUCCUGUCCUUUUCUUUCUGGGACAGUCCAGAAGAAGCUUCAGAGGUCAGCAAGCACUCCAGAAUGAAGCAACCCAAGGAUCACCACACAGAAACCUUGCAGGAGCCCACUUCACUCUGACUUUGCCUCCAUCCCCAAUUGCCAACACCACUUUAGAUGUUGCAUACUUUUAAAGAAGGACAGAUCAUGCAGUGCUCAUUGUAAACCAGCUCAAGCUGAAGUCUUAGGAGCUGGAUUCCUUUUUCCGUAUGAAUAGCCAGAAAAGCGAGUAAAAUUCAGUUUUGCGUGAUAAAAACAAAAUACCCUUUUGUUAAUUUGUUCUCUCUAGUUGUUCGCUUUUGCGUGGCUCAGUCCUGUGUCCUUACAAAACCCUUGCUCUUUCUCUGUGUAUUUGCAAGUAUUUUUUCUGCAGUACUAAGAUUGGAGAUACAGCUCAAUACAACCACAGCUCCUGCUGCAGUGGUACUAGCUUGAUUUUUCUUCUUCCAGAAUCUCAGCAGUAACUGCCGCAUGAGUUUUCCUCAGCAAACCUGGCACCGAUAAAGGUCCCCUCCUGCGGCCUGCCACCGAGUGGCAGUGCUGCAAAACAGACGCGGAUAGCAAAAGAAAUUCCAGUCAGGCUCCAGCUUCCAGGAAACACUGCGGAAAACUUUCCUGAUCUCCUGAACUAAGGAUUUAAGAACGGUGACUCGAGAUACUCUCACCAAGCCACGGUGCUUAGCUUUGGAAACAAAAUAGGCCUGCAAGGCCACAAAAAGGCCACUAAAGUGUCAUUUUAAUGGUGGCUUUGGAGGACAGCAUUUCUAAAUCACAGUAUCUUAGGUCUAUGCAAUCACAAAUGAACCUCAGCAAAAGAGCAUGAGCUACUGUAAGAAAAACAUGCAAACAGUGCUUACCCUUGUGUUCUGAGCUCUUCCCUCUAUCACUGGGUGAUGGGUUUAGAAACAAAUAUUUAAUAAUAAAGGUUCUCAUACUUUGUAAAAAUAGUUUGGAGACAUUUUGUGCUGGCAUGGUUUGAACUUUGUAUUUUUACUUUGUAUUUUCUUCUUUUUUGGCAAAUAAAAGACUUUGGAAUUUAAA